ACACACAAGUUUUAAAAGUAUUACCAUAACUUUGGCACAGCUCACUGAUCAUUGCUGUUAGAAGCAGAUAGGCCGUUUUGUUUCCAAAUUAUUCUCAUUUUACAUUAUACACUUUGUUGGAAGUCAACAUUGGACUGAUACAAUCAGAUAUGGUGGGAAGACAGGAUAUGGGGAGUGAAUAUGCUUUCUCCCCCAGGUGUAAAUAGAAAUGUCAAUAGGCCUGGCAUCUGGACAUCUUGUUUGAUCCUAUUGUAAGCAGCAGUAUUGAUAAGCCUGAACAUUUGGUUUUAAACUGUUGGGAAGCCAUAAACAACAAUGCUGAACCACAAGGAUAAAAGUGAGCCUCCUGUCCUGAGGAGAUGAAAGCAGCCCCUGCGGUGUCGCACACAAUGGACUACACAUCUAUAAUGGAGUGAACAUCCUGUUGGCAUCAAGGUGUGAAUCCCAAGGACUUGCAUUUGUAAUGGAGUAGACAUCCUGUCACCCGAUCAAGGUGUAAUUCCCAUUGACUUAUCUGAGGUACAAGGGCGCCAUCCACAGGAAGAUGUACCUACUGCAACAAUAUUCAGAGACUGACCCGUAUCUGGUUACUGCGAGUUGAUUGGAGAGAUUAUAACAAAGAAGGCCGGACAAUACCGGAGCAAAGGGUGGAGUUAUGGGUGUGAAUGUGGUUUGAUGUGAUAUAUAUACUAGGCUAAAUUGUAUGGCAGUAGAUUAGUAUUAGAUCUAGAUACUAGGUUUUAUAUUUUAUAUGUUUAUUAAUGCUUAUAUUCUUUACCAAGUAUAGGACAUUGAAGGGAGGUUUUGCUAUAUAUAUUUUAUUUUAUUUUGCUUUGUAGCAUUUCAUGUUAUUUUUCCUUUUGCUAAGUAAAUAAGCUAUUUCUUAAAGUCUGGAUUCCUCAUAUUUCAAAGACUAAUUCAGGAUAGAGUAGGUAGCAGAUUACAACAAAUACAACAUUUGGCACCCCAGCGGAUCGUGGAAUACAAUACUCUACGAAGAACCCAGACGUUCAAAUCUGCUUUAUCCAGUUCCUGAAAGUCCAAGGAGUAUCCUGCAUGGUGACCAGACCAAAACCACUUCAAGAGAGACAGAGCGAGGGGAAAUUUCCUUGGUGGAUAAGUAGCAUGCUGGUUCGUGGAUACUAAAAGACACCUGAGAAAUCAACCCGAAUUUCUGGAAAACACUGCAUCAAUGAGCGGACGCGUUUAAUUGGAUCCUACAUGAAGCGUGAAUUAACAGGCUGAAAUUUCCGGAUUCUGGAUAUGGAGAUUACAACAAUUUUGUUGAUGAUUGGCAUCACCCAUGCUAUUGGAUUGCAUGAUUUUGAACAAUCAGGGGAUGAAGACACACAUAUGUUUCCAGAUGGUGAACAUGAAAAGGCAGUAUUUAUAUCACCUGUAACAGCUAUGGAUUUGCCACAAAGUGAUAAUAGCCACAAAGUCAGGAGUAGGAAAGUGCGACUCAUUCCGGAGGGAAAAGAUGCUUCUCAAAGAUUUUAUAAGAAUCCGGGUGGGCAAUUCGAGUACAGUGUGGUUUUCUCUUUUGGGAGGGUAAAUCAUAGUUCAAGUAUGGGAAGGCUUGAAUUAACACAUGGUGCGCAAAACAUUUUGCCAGAAUCACUACAACCAUUCAUGAUGGCAACAGUGUAUGUGAAUGAUACUGGUUAUUGGCUGGGAGAAGAGUCUGACUUGCCAAAUGCAGGUGAGCAGAAAGGUAUUCAAUAUGGAAUAUUUAGUGACAACUUGAGAGAAGGAGAAUAUUUGUUUAUGUGUGGCAUUUAUUGGCACGAUAGUAUGCACCCAAAGCUCAUACCAAAAAAUAUUAACAUGGCUUAUAGUAAAACAGGCCUUGGUGGAACCACAGACAUGAGCAUGUCAAUUCAGCGUGGUGAAAAUUAUAUUAUUGGUACAAUGUCCAAAUCAUAUAAGACUUAUAAGGAGAUGGUUGGUCACUGGACAUGUGGUGCACCAGAAAUAGAGAUUGGGGCUAUGCAUAUUAUUGAUGCCAAUCCAGAUUAUAUUAGACCAUGCACAAACAAAGAUUCUGAGAAUGCUCAACAGGCCUCACAUUUGGAGAUAGGACAACCAUUUCAAGUUAACCUAGACUCUGCCCAGACAAUGGCUAGUGGUGUUCAAUAUGCAUUUGUCACAUGGCGGUUCAAUAUUUCUCAAUGGCUAAUCAGAACCCAUUUUCCAACAUGUACAGGGCAUACUCUAAAUCAGGUACGUUCCCUCUAUCAAUGGCUAAUUCCUAGAAGCACAAGGGCAAGCAAUCACUUGAUUAGGACUGGGAAGAACAGAGGAAAAAGGGAUAUGUUCAGUACAAUAUUGGGUGGGGUAGGAGCUGGUAUGGGACUCAUUAAUCAGGCAGAUAUCAGUGUCUUAAGAGCCAAACUUGCAGCCAUAGCAUCUAAUAGUAAAAACGGGUUUGAGGUACAGAGGGAAAUUAAUCAAGUCAUCAGCAACCUACAGCGAGGACACAUAGAUACUAAUAUUGGAGUAACAACGGACAUUAUUCAGCAUUUUAAGGUGUUCGUUGAAAAUAUGCAGACUUAUGGGAGAAAUAUAUCCUGGGCUCUGGUCUGUACACAAGGGCAGGUGGAACUAUCAACUAAUAUAAAGUUGGCAAUUCAAACCUUAUAUAGUGGGCAGUGGCCAUUUGAAUUACUAUCUCAGGCCACAGCUGCAUUACCGGAGCUCCUCAAAUUCACAAAUUCUAAAUGGUGGGCCAACGCUUGGAUUGGUUGUAGUAAUCACAACGUGGAAACGUGUUAUGCCUCUUCCCUAAUUCCGUACACGAGUUCCCCUUUAGAGGUUGUAUAUAAGGUCACUUCAAUUGGUAUUUUAACUGGAGGAUCCACACUAUUACAUCCAAGAUUAGACCAUCCUCAGGUUAUUAGGAAAAAUGGAUUGUGGAAACAGGUUGAUAUUUCCCUCUGCCUUCAUAGAAAUCAAGAUAUCUUGUGUACACCAGGCCAGUAUAGAUUGGUGGAGGACAAGUGUUGGAACAAUGCUUCGGUUUGUGUUCUGGAUGGGGAGUCUAUUGCAAAAGACAAGGCACCAGUCAUGUACUUAGGACAUCAGAGAGUCUGUUUCUUUCUAUUAGACAUCACCAAUGUAACUUUGAUCACAACACACUGCUCAAUAACAACACCUGUGAAUAGUGGUGCAUGGUGCACGCUUGGUAACAUCACUGAGAUCCAAACACCAAGUUGGAGAUAUGUGCUUCCCAUCAUUGCAAACUUGUCUGUGGAUAUUAGAUAUCAUAACCCCGCCAAUCUUCAAGCGCUAAAAUUGGGAAUGGGGAAAGAGCUUCAGGAUUUGCUGGUCAAAUUUGAUAAAGAUGAGUAUUUGCUUAAGAAACUACAGCAAGAAAGAGCUAAUGCUACAAUCCUAAUACACCAUGACCAGAAUGAGCUAAAACACAUCACACAUCUGUUAGAAAAUAAUGCUAAGGGUUAUUGGUGGGAGGUCAUAUUUGGGCAUUCAAGUGCAGCUAAUGGAAUUUUGAAUUUUUUAAUCCAUCCAAUUGUAGUAUUGCUCAUUGUUGCUGUGGUUUUAUCCCUUUUGCAAAUUUACAUGUGCUGUAUGACACGAUAUCUAUAUAAAAAGAUCCAAGUCCUAUCCAUGGAGAUAGAAACACGAAAUAGAUAUAAAAUUGCAUCGUAUGAAUUAGAUGUACCAUUAAAAACAGAGGAAAAUCUUGUAAAUUGUGACAACUGUGGCAGAAAAGGACAUAGCAGAACAAACUGCCUAAUUCCUGAACGACACAACAAAUGUAAUAAGAAAGUGAACAUUUAAUUACUUCAAGCAUGAAUACUUGAAUUAUAUUUUAUGGUGUGUUUAGUAGUGUAGUUGACAUAUGUAUUUUAAUUUUGUUGGUGAAUAUGUAUUUGUAAUAGUAAUUCAAAUUUAACUCCUUCAAUGUCCUAAUAGAAGUUUAAUUUGUAUGAAAACUAAUUGGAAUGAGUGGAAAUUGAUGAAUGGUGAGUGACUGGGUUCACCCUUUCUCUGUUCGGAUAAUGAUGGACCGCAAGGUUGAAGAGGAAUAUGGAUCAUGGAAUUCUCAUCGUUGGUGUGUCAUUCAGACACAAAGGGGCAUAUGUUGGAAGUCAACAUUGGACUGAUACAAUCAGAUAUGGUGGGAAGACAGGAUAUGGGGAGUGAAUAUGCUUUCUCCCCCAGGUGUAAAUAGAAAUGUCAAUAGGCCUGGCAUCUGGACAUCUUGUUUGAUCCUAUUGUAAGCAGCAGUAUUGAUAAGCCUGAACAUUUGGUUUUAAACUGUUGGGAAGCCAUAAACAACAAUGCUGAACCACAAGGAUAAAAGUGAGCCUCCUGUCCUGAGGAGAUGAAAGCAGCCCCUGCGGUGUCGCACACAAUGGACUACACAUCUAUAAUGGAGUGAACAUCCUGUUGGCAUCAAGGUGUGAAUCCCAAGGACUUGCAUUUGUAAUGGAGUAGACAUCCUGUCACCCGAUCAAGGUGUAAUUCCCAUUGACUUAUCUGAGGUACAAGGGCGCCAUCCACAGGAAGAUGUACCUACUGCAACAAUAUUCAGAGACUGACCCGUAUCUGGUUACUGCGAGUUGAUUGGAGAGAUUAUAACAAAGAAGGCCGGACAAUACCGGAGCAAAGGGUGGAGUUAUGGGUGUGAAUGUGGUUUGAUGUGAUAUAUAUACUAGGCUAAAUUGUAUGGCAGUAGAUUAGUAUUAGAUCUAGAUACUAGGUUUUAUAUUUUAUAUGUUUAUUAAUGCUUAUAUUCUUUACCAAGUAUAGGACAUUGAAGGGAGGUUUUGCUAUAUAUAUUUUAUUUUAUUUUGCUUUGUAGCAUUUCAUGUUAUUUUUCCUUUUGCUAAGUAAAUAAGCUAUUUCUUAAAGUCUGGAUUCCUCAUAUUUCAAAGACUAAUUCAGGAUAGAGUAGGUAGCAGAUUACAACAAAUACAACACACUUCUGUGCACUCACAAAUAAAAAAAUACUAA